UUCUGAUGUAUAUAUAUGUUUGGUCAUCUGUAUAGUGACAUAUGCAGCAUGUGAUGCAUUUAUUCUAGAGACUUUUUUUUUCCACUCACUUGUUUCUAUUUGGUAGGAUUCGUUUUGGGUCAUAUGCAUUGGUAGACCACGUGUUAGGUGUUUGGCAAUGCUACCUUGAACUAUGCCUUCUUACAAGACAUUCGAUGUAAUUAUGUUGUUAACCAUUUGGAGAGUUCAAUGACAACACAUGAGAUGGGAUUGUUGUGAGAUGGGGGUGCAAAUAGGAGCGACAGAAAUCAGCAAUGAAAGGCGUCUUCUCGGCGCCCGGAGAUUACGUAUACUUCAAGUCUCAGGUCCUUCUGCACAAGAUUCCUGUUUUGAUGAGUAGACUGAUGAUUCUGUACCUAACAGAUACAUCUUUAUGGUACAUUCCUGGGAGGCUUCCUCACAUAAAUUUUUGCUCAGCAUCUCCAAGGAGGGUUAAAUCAUUGAUGCUCUCAAACAUAUUUUUGGAGACGCAAAGUUUUGCCACUGCAAUGCCAUGGGCUCCCGUUGUUAGCAGGACACCUUCUUGUUUGCAGAAGCGAUAUGUCUUAACUGGAAUUCGCGACGGUCCUCCUCAUGAACCAUUUAUGGCAGAUUCUGUUGACUUUGUUGUUUCUCAGAUAUAGUCGUUGCAAGCCUAAAUUGCUUGUUCUUUUGAGCUAUGUAUCAUCUCUUGAAGCAAAAUAGCAUUUAAUAAAUGUGACUUGUU